AUGGAGAGUGUCGCCAUUAAGCAUGAGGACGGCAUGGAUGGCCAACCUGAGGGACGGAACGGCGUCUCUCCUAACUCGGAUGAACCAGCUCGAAAAAGGAGACGGAGCCGUAAAGGGCUCGACAAGAGGUUUGAAUGCACAACCCCAGGAUGCGGGAAGAGCUACUCCCGUGCCGAACAUCUAUAUCGUCACCAGCUCAACCAUAGCUCCAAGCAGAUCUUUGAGUGUCAGUACCCAAACUGCGGGCGCACCUUCGUCCGCAGUGAUUUGCUCAAGCGACACAUGGAUCGACACAUGGCAAAGGGCUCCCAGCUCAGUCGGCGUGACUCGGUUAUUAGCCAUGUAUCGCAGUCAGCACAAGCAACAGGGUCGACUUCUCCUGACACUAACCGAGUGACACCCGUACUGCCGAGGGCGGCGUCGGUAACUGAUUACCUCCCAUCUCAUGAGGUAUCCGACGGCUCUCCAACCACCACAACGCAUCCGCCGUUUGCUUUUGAGUCACAUCACAAUGGCGUGUCCGGCCAUGAUAUGGAUUCCUAUGGCGAUCCUUCGGGUUAUCAGAAUAUGCACCAACAACACGCCCCUCACUCGCCCAUCGUAACGCCUCACGGCCCAGUCCCGGUGUACCCGAUAACUUCGCCUGCGCCCCAAUAUGAUCGGUAUGAUGAGCAAUUGGACUCAUCACAGUUCGUCCCCCAGCAAGCGGUGAUACCCUUUACCCUCCCUCCGUCUCAGUUCGUCAAUGUACCUCAGACCGAAGAUGGCACAUACUCAGCAAAUCUUGACUACUCGGAACAUCCGCCCACGGACGAGAUGAUGAUGUUAGGAAACAUGGCGCUGCAAUCAAUGCCGAUGUUUGGGACGGAUGGUGAAAUUGCUAAAUCACCCUACGCUGGCUUACCAGAAGAUUUCCUUACCUUUCUUUUCAACAACUCUCCACCUGGCCGACAACCUGCGCUAAGCAAGGAAGAGGUACAAGCAUAUAACGAAAACUAUGCAAAGAUACUCAAUUCCCAAUUCACCGCGUUUAACAGGCCAGAUCUGUCAUCCCUAGGUUACUCCCCAGCCCCACAGCAACUUAUGGCUGUGAAUACAUUGUUGGGGCAGGUCCCAGAGUCAACCAUCUCAGAUUCCAAAUGCGAAGAGAUUCAGAACCUUGUCCGAAGUACUUUCCGCUCGAAACCAGGCGACCCAGAUGACCGUCGUUUCGAUGACUUGUUUGAUGGUGGAGUAAUUACGGACGACCACAUGCUAAGUAAGAGGAUGAUGCAGCUAUACAUUGCAACUUACUGGGCGCAGUUCAGCGACCAAAUGCCAAUCCUCCACCGGCCUACCUUUUCGCCUGAUAACACAGAAAACCUUCUACUCCUUUCGAUGAUGAUAAUUGGCGCCGCGUUGCUGGAUAGGAACCACGGAGCCAAAAUUGUUCGCGCAGGAGCCAAACUCUCCAACUUCUUAGCAUGGCACCUGCGGUGGGCGAUUUUCAUGGCUGGCGACUUCCAUCCACCCGCGAACCUGUUCGUCUUUCAGGCAAUGAUUCUUCUUGAGCUGUAUGAGAAAAUGUAUUCAACGAGAGAACUACACGAGCGGGCACAUAUUCACCACGCGACAAUGAUACAACUGAUGCGCCGUGGCCGGUGUCUUAUUGGGAAAUCUGCAUUGGACUCGCCGCCCAACCCGAUCGACAGUGCGAACGGCUCACGCCAAUCUUCAACGUGCGGGAUAGCGCAGACGGCAGAGGAAUGGUGGCACCAGUGGAUUGUGAACGAGGCUACCAGAAGAACUGCCUUUGCCGCAUUCAUUAUCGAUUCAAUUCAUGCGACAAUGUUUGGCCACUCAGGGGUCAUGGUGGCUCAUGAGAUGAGACUGCCGCUUCCAUGCGAUGAAUCGCUAUGGCGGGCCACCAGCAGCGCCGAGGUUGGAAAGCUGGAAUCAAGCCUCAUGGCCAGGGGAAUCAAGCCCGUGUCCUUCUUGGAUGGCUUGAAGCGCACGCUGACUCACCAGACAGUUCAAACAGACUCCUUUGGGCGGACUGUUCUCAUGUCGGGUCUGCUGAGCGUCACCUGGCAUAUGCAUCAAAGGGAUCUCCAAAUCAAUAUGCUGGGUGGGGGGGUUUCGACCUCAUUGGGUGGACGUGACAAGUGGCGGGCUACACUUACGAGGGCCUACGAUGGGUGGAAGAACAAUUAUGAUCAAUCCCUAGAGGAAAUAAUCACGUCAAUGGGCCCAUAUGAACCGGACGAAGCGACCCAACAUGAGAUCAAUGUGGCCUUCGAAAACCGAACGGUAAUGCACCGGCUGGCUCACAUUGCCAUGCACGCAGACAUUGUGGACCUGCAGAUGUAUGCGCGAGCAAAGAGGCUAUUGGGUCGCUCCAUUGGUCCACAUGAAUUUAACAGUGCUUCGCGACGAAUCAAGGACGCCUGGGCCCCGUCUGCGAGGGCACGCGAUGCAAUGUGGUAUGCUUUGAAAUUUCUGUGUUCAGUCUUGAUUCCAGAUGCUGUUGCGCCGACGCACAUCAAGACGUAUCGCACAACGAAACCCUACAAGGCCAAGGACGAUGUCUUGCUCAAUCGUCCGUGGGUUCUCUAUUUUGCUGCUCUCGUUGUUUGGUGCUACGGGUACGCUCUCGAAGGUCCAUGCCCGGAUGCCCCUUAUCCAUCAGACGACAAGGAAAUGAUGCAGCAGAUGCGGGAGUACCUCAUCAAAUACGGCAGCAUCAAGGAUCCAAAUGAGCUUCGCGAAAUCACAGGCCUCAAUCAGAACACGGCCGUAUUGUUAGUUCUCAAGGACACUUUUGCAGAAACGCGCUGGGAGCUUCUUCACGAGGGCUCUAAAUUACUGAGCAACUGUAUCACUCUCAACUCAGGAACUGGUUUAUAA